AUGCCCGGUGCGCAAUAUUACGAUGGUAAGAAGUUAAAUAUCCCAAUAUCAAAAGAGGCCGGAAUUGAACUAAUUGAACGAUGGACUCAUCAGGGGAUCAGCAGUAUCAUGGCUUGUAUUGCCACUCAACAUCUAAGCAAGUUGAAUGAGUACGAACGGAGUCGAAUGCAAAGAUGUUCAAAAGCUGCUGAGGAUAUUUAUGAACAGGCGCGAUGUUUGGUUCGAGCUAUUGAUGCAGAGCCAAAGCAAACAGAUUCUACAAGAAUUUCCCAUAUGCAAAAGCUGCAAAAAUUAUUGGAUGGAAAGCAAAAGAAGACAGUUGGUGUUUUGAUUCGACCUGAAUCACAUCACAUAGAUGUGAAACGAAGUAAAGGAAGGGAACAGGUGGAAUUUCGCACACGACGAAGUGUAAUCAAUCGACACAAUUAUAAGUUACAUACCGAAUAUGAACACUUGACACCUUUCGGCAUUCUCGGCAAAUACUUAUCGAAGAUAACAAGAGUUAUUAAAAAUAAGGAUCCGAAUUUAUCAUGGAAAAAAAUGAUGUACGACAUUGAAAGCAUAAAACGACGAGAACAAGAAAAAAAUGAUUUUGCCGAGCAGUUACAGAAAAGAUUUUCACCGAAUCAGUAUUUUGGAAACGUGGAAUUGAAGCUAACACCGGAUGAAAAGCGUUUAGCAAGGGAAUUACACAUAUCAGAUCAUGUCUUGCAAAAUUUAGAUAAAAACAAUGUGAAAACGAAAAAGACCUUGGAAAUCAUUCGACUCUUCCAACGAGCAGUUAAACUUGCUAUCGUUCUUAAUGGUGCCAAUGGUACCAAACUAGAAAAUAAGACACUUAGAUUUGGUUCACCACGUCUGUUAUCAGUGGUACCUGACAAUGUUAAAGAUCAGAUUAGCAUCUUAUCUCCAUCGCUGUUCAGUAUGCAUGAUAAAGGCGAAGGCUUAGAAGCAUUAACCAGUAUUCCGGGAUUACUGAAAGUUGCCGGUAAUAGGGAUUACGAGGAAUGGCUAAACUUUAUUAUGGAAGCAUCCGGCACAACUGAUGCAAUACAUAAACUAAAAGAAGAGCAAGAAUUGGACUGGUUACCACCUGGCUAUAAAUCAAUGCAACGUGGAAUUGAUGGUCAGCCGAUGUAUUUUACUAAGGAAAACGUAACAGAAAUUGAUCCUGAAAUGGCCAGAAAGAUGGAACUUUUCGAAAACUUGACACAUUCUCUUACACCAAAACAGGUUGGAUUGCUUCCCUCAUGA